GGAUACUAUACUUUACCUAGGGUGAUUUUGUAAGUCUUCUGCAUCUUGGGAUUUUUAUAUCACUUGUAAGUGAAGACCGAUUGGAGAGAUGGGACGGCAAUGGAGAUGGAAUGGUAUUUCUCCGAAGACAUACAUAUAUUGUACACCUAUUAUUGCAUUGGCUUUCAUGGUCUCGACAAGAUAAAACUUCAUGGUAAUUCCUCGUUCGUGAUGAUAGUAAUUGUCGUAAUCUUCUUGAGUUUAUCUUGAAUUUGUGUACCUGGUGGUGGUGGUCAACACUACUCUGAUCCUAAUAUGGCAUCCGCAAUUCUUCAAUCUUCAGUUUGGCUUUUAUUUCUCGUCAGCUGCCAUCUUGUAGCCUCCUCUACUUCGUCACCUCAGCAUGAGGAAUCUGUGUUUGCAAACAGCUAUGAUUAUAUCAUUGUCGGUGGUGGAACGAGUGGCUUAGUUGUUGCAAAUCGAUUAUCUGAAGAUCCUACAAAAACCGUCUUGGUAAUUGAGCAUGGUCUUAUAGAUAAUAGCUCCCUCACCUUGAUCCCAAGACUCGGUCUCCAAUAUUUUCCCAACAACGUAAAGAAUUGGAAUUACACUUCCGCGCCCGUCGAAACAUUGUUAAAUACAACUUUUGACGUCUACAUUGCUGACGUCGUAGGAGGCAGCUCAUUACACAAUGGUAUGUUUGCCGAUCGGGGAUCCAAAGCAGACUACGAUGCAUGGGGAACUCUCAUCGGGGAUGAUACGUGGAGUUGGGAAGGUCUCUAUCCCUACUUCAUCAAAAGCACGACUUUUACCCCGCCAUCAGAGGAACUAAGAACCCAUUUCGAUAUCCGGAAUAAUGCUUCGGGAUAUGGGAAUGGACCGAUUCAGAUCAGUUAUCCUUCUGUCAUCUUUCCCGAUUACAGGAAUCAAACUCUAGCAGCGGAGGAUUUUGGAAUCGAAAUAUCGGAUAGCCCUGAGUCUGGUGAUGCAAUUGGUUUCUGCUGGGUUCCUCAGACUCUUGACCCGAAAACCGGGUUUCGUUCACAUUCGCGUGUGGCUUAUUAUGAUCCCAUUGCUAGUAGACCUAAUCUCCAUCUCAUCACGGGUCAUCUAGUUGAAAAGAUCCUUUUCGAUAACAAUCUCACCGCCACUGGUGUUAAAUUCACAUCCGUCCAAACAAAUCAAACACAUAUAGUAUCAGCAAAGAAAGAAGUCAUUUUAGCCGCCGGUGCGAUCAACACACCCAAGCUCCUACAACUCAGUGGGAUUGGUCCAAAGCACCCACUUGAAGCUGCGGGGGUGGAAGUGCUUCUCGAUGCACCGGCUGUAGGAGCAAAUUUUCAGGAUCAUCCCGUCACGUAUCUCAGCUGGAACGUUACGAAUUUGGCGUUUCCAAAUGAUGCGACGAUCGCGACGAAUGCUUCGUAUAAUGCGAGUGCGUGGCAGGAAUAUAUCACGAAUCACACAGGACCAUAUACUCAAGGCACUUCUCCCGACGCAGCAUUCAUUCCCCUCUCCCAACUCACAUCCCAAAGCCAAGAAAUUAUCGACCAAGCCCGCGCCCAAAAUGUGUCAGACUACCUCCCUUCCAUCUACCUCAACAAUCCAGCACUCCUCAAAGGUUAUCUAGCCCAACGCGAUAUCAUCCUCGAUCAUUUCUCUCAAACCGAUGCAGCAGUGAUAGAAAUUCCCAUUGGUACCACAGGACCUGGCGCCUGCGCCGUCGAAAAACCUCUUUCCCGAGGAACCAUCACACUCUCCCCCUCAUCUCCACUCUCCCAACCAAUCAUAAACUACCACACCAUCUCCUCCCCCACCGACUCCCUCAUCCUCACCUCCUGCAUCCACUACAUCCGCACCUACUAUUCCUCUCCCCUACUCAGCGCCUACUCCCCCAGCGAAAACUUCCCCGGUCCCGCAGCUCAAACACACGAUGAGAUUCUCGCCGCACUGAUCAGCGCCCGUGCCAUCGCGCCCAGCUUUGCACAUCCGUCUGGGACCUGUGCUUUGGGGAAAAGAGAACUGGGAGGUUGCGUGGAUAGAGAUUUGUUGGUGUUUGGGCUGCGGAAUGUGAGGGUUGUGGAUGCGAGCGUGAUGCCGAUUAUUCCGGCGACGCAUUUGCAGUUGACGGUUUAUGCGGUGGCGGAGAAGGCGGCAGAUAUUAUUAAGGGGAGGGCGGAGAAUUGAUUUGGGGGGGGGGGGAUUGAUUUAAUAGAUCUUUGAGAGAUUUGAAGGGCUUGGGUUUUAGGGUGGAGAUGAUGCUAUACUCUAGUCUGUAGAAGAGGGUGCUGCAUAUUCAUAUGUAUAUGUAUAUUUACAUAGAUAGGUCGGUAUGUAGAUAAAUCUCAAAAGAGCUUGUAACA